AUGAACAGUUCGCAUAUAGAAGCCCAAACAGACAAUAUCGACGACAACGCUCAAAGUCCCAACGAAGGAAAUACAAAAAAAUGCAGACAUGGCUGUCUUAUAACAAGGCCAAAAAGACAAACAAACCCUACGCUCAAAUCUGUCCAAAAUCGGGUGCAAACCGAAGAAUUUAAAACAACAAAAUUAUGGGAUAAAGUGCAAAGUGCUAUAACAACAUUACAAACAACGCCAGACUCAAUACCACAAAUACGGUUUGCAAUAACAAAGGUACGUGCAGCAUUUCAUGAUUACCAUAUGUCUAUAGUCUCGUAUAUAGAUUAUCUUGUACGUGUGGGCACGCUAGAAUGUAUUGAAGAGCGAGAAAAAAAAAGAACACAUUCUUGACUAUCAUAAAUAUUAUGCUGACACCGUGGUCACGGUUUAAUAAAUUCUUCACUUCUAUAGGUCCCAAAUUAGCAAAUAACAUUGCUGACAAUGGCUGUAGUCCUGAUCCUUUGUCAUAUAUAGACCAAGUCACAAAUGUAUUUCACUUUCAUAGCAUAUCAAGCUAUGAGCUGAAAAGAGAAAUACAAAAUAUGCAAAUAGAAAAAUCUACAGGUCUAGAUAAGAUCUCAACUAAGCUAAUAAAACAGGCAGGCGAUACAAUAACUGAAUCACUCCUAGAAGUGUUUAAUCUAUCUCUUAGGACAGUAAUAUUUCCAGAUGAUUGGAAAUUUGCCAAAGUGACUCCAAUAUAUAAGUCAGAAAACACAACCUUAUGUGAAAACUAUAGACCGAUAUCAGUCAUUUCGAAUAUCGCCAAAAUAUUUGAGAAAUUAGUCUGUAGACAACUAAAUGCCUUCCUGGAUAACAACAAUAUAAUUGUAAAAAAUCAAUCAGGUUUCCGUCGCAUUCACUCAACCGAAACCUCGUUACUACAAUCUACUGAAAUGUGGUGGAAAUUAAUGGAACAGGGUCAAAUAAAUGGGGUUAUUUUCUUAGACCUGAAAAAAGCAUUUGAUACGAUUGCUCACUAGAUUCUAUUGUCAAAACUACAAGCUUAUGGGAUACGCGACCACACGCUCAAAUGGUUCCAAUCGUAUUUAGAUCAAAGAAAGCAAAUUUGCAUGCUAAAUAACUGUAAAUCUGAUAUUGAAACAAUUCGUUGUGGAGUACCUCAGGGUUCAAAUCUUGGACCUCUAUUAUUUCUCAUUUACAUAAACGACCUCCCAAACUGCCUAGAAACAACACACUCUAAUUUAUUUGCUGAUGACACAAUUUUAUCAUGUCAAGGGCAUUUAUCCAUAGAUAUUGAAUACAAACUUAACAAUGAUGUAGUAAAUGCUCAAAAAUGGUUAUCAGCGAAUAAACUAACAUUAAACAACGAAAAAACCAAAUAUAUGAUUAUUGGAUCUCGGCAACGAUUGAAAAACUUAGAUCACGUGCCAAAAAUCAGUAUAAACGGACAUCAAAUUGAACGAGUUAUUAAAAGGAAGCUUUGGAUAUAG